AUGAAGCUGUGUGAAGGCGAUGGUAUCGCCGCUGUCCGCAAUAAGAUAAUGGCGAAACUACACAUAAAAGAAGCUAAGGAGCACAUCCAGCUUACUUACCAGAUGCCACAGUGGAUGGAUGUUGAUGGAAGCGUCAAGCCUGUCCCAAUCCACAUCCGCAGUAAUGAUGAUUUGGACAUGUUCCUCCUCAUGAGAACUGAUUUGCAUGACUUGAAGCUCUAUGUCAUGCCAUUACCACUGAACAUGAGUAUCGACGUGGAGGAUUUCCGUGUUGUACCAGUGAUACACGGGUUUGCGCUAGCAAAAGUUGUGAAAGGUAGUGUAUACGAUCGUGAUCAGGCUGUACAACGGGACAAAUCUACGGUGGAAAACACUAAUGACGGAAUAAUGUUGACACAGCUUACAAGAGAGACGGGGUAG